GAUUAAUUUCCACAAUUCAAAAUGACUCAACCAACCUUGGUAUAUAUACUAUGAAUUCAUAAACACUAACACAUCAUCACACAUUAAAACAAGUUCAAGUUUCAACAAAGUUACAAAACAACUAUGAGUGCAGCUGCAACAAAAUCUUGGGUGGUAGCAUCAAGCAUAGGAGCAGUGGAGGCAUUAAAAGACCAGCUUGGCGUAUGCAGGUGGAACUAUGCUUUUAGAUCACUUCAUCAACAUGCUAAGAAAAAUAUCAGAUCAUAUACUCAGGCUAAGAAAUUGUCAUCUUCUGCUUCUUUUGCUGUUUCCAACAAGGUGAAAAGAACUAAGGAAGAAUCUAUGAAGAAAGUCAUGGAGUUGAAUUGCUGGGGUCCUAGCACUGCAAGGUUUUGAUAUUGUAUUGUAAUGAUUGCGUGACCAAGAAAAGUCAAAAAAUUGUGUUGUGGGAAAUUUAGUGUUAUCAAAAGAGGAAUUUAUUAAUCCUUGAUAUUAAAA